UAAAUACAUGUUUAUUUAUGAAUAUUACUAGUGAAAAAGAUGGAUCUUGAACGGUUUGAAAAAAAUAAUACAACAAACAAAGAAAGUAGUGAAGAAAAUAUAGAAGUGAAAGUCAAUUUGAUUGACAAUGAUUGUAAUGAAUUAUGUAAAAAUAUUGUGGAGCCGAAUCAUACUGAUAGUUUUCAAAUGACGUAUUGUGAUAAAUCAAAAGACGAUAUAAAAGUUAUUCAAGUAACAAAUGCUUUAAGCAUUAUAGCAUCAACUUAUUCUGAAUCUGAAGAUGAAGAAGAAUCAGAAAUAAAUAUUACCCAUGAACAAAUAACAAUUGAUGAUAGCAAGCAAAAUAACUACCGGAAUAAUACACUGAAUGAUGAUACAGAUAGUGAAGACUCCGAAAAUAGCAGUGAUAGUAGCAGUAGCAGUAGCAGUAGUAGUGAUAGCUCUUCAGAUUCCGAUACUGAUGAUGACGAAAAUCGAAGAAUCUCAUCUAAACCAAGAUAUUCGAAAAAUAGUGCUAAUUCAGAAUUCGAUAAUCUACCUCCAAUAGAAGAUCUGCAAAUUUCUGUUCCUGAAGUUUUAUGUGAUCCCAUAGGAGAGGUGGGAUGGAUGGUAGAACAAAUGGUAGUAGUAAAGCCAAAACCAAAUAAACCUACGUUAAAUUUUGACACAAUACUGUUUAUUGACAAAGGAAAAAGGCCUUUGGGACGGGUAUUCGAUGUUUUUGGACCAGUUACUGAGCCCCAUUAUUGUGUUAGAUUUAACAGUGGUGAACACAUACAGGAAAGCAAUAUCAAAAUUGGAAUGACAGUGUAUUACUGUCCAAAUACACCUUAUACAACUCUCGUAUUCAUGACAGAUCUUCUAAAAAUGAAAGCCAGCGAUGAUGUAGGCGAAGAUGAACUUCCCGAAUUUUCGGACGACGAAGAAGAAAAAGCAUAUUAUGCGGCUUUAAAAGCUAAGAAAAGCAACAAUAAAGGUUCGGGAAUUUACAAAAAUACUCCAAUUCCAGCAAAACGAUCUAAAAUUCAACACGAAACUGGGUGGAAAACUAAACAUCCUUGGCACAGUGAAAAAAAAAAUCGCCAACACAAAUCAGUUUAUCAAUCAAAUAAUUCCAAUAAUAAUUUGAGUAAUAAUGGUUCAAAUUUAUAUUACAAUCAGCAACCAAAUAAUCCGUCACAACAAAUAGGAAAUUAUUAUAAUAAUUAUUGGUCAUCUACUUUUCCUUACAAUUAUUGGAAUCAAAAUUCAUAUAGUUCUGAAUGUCAACCGGUUUUUCCAUCAACUCCAACGCAAUCGAAUGCCAAUCCAACACAACACACAAGUCCUAGUUUUUCAUGGUCCUCAAGUUCGACCUUUCCACCUACAUAUCAGAAUAUACCCUGGCACGUGCCACCUCCACCUCCUCCGCCACCCUCAUCAUAAAUAAUAUUAAGAAUAAAUCUUCUAUUUAACAAGUUUAUUACGAAAUAAUUUAAGAUAAUUUAUUUUUUAUUUAUAAUUAUUAGGUAUUGAAAAAUUAAAUAUAUUUUUAAUAUAAAAUACUUUUUCUUUUUAAAUUUAAUGCUAAAAAUAUCAAAAAAUUGGUAACUAAAUAUUAAUUAGUUAAAAAUGCUGAAGAUUUGUAUGCAAUCAUUUCAGGCUUGUCCAAAAGUUGAUCAGCUGUUUUUAUGUCAUUAUUAAUUUCUGCUAUUAAGGCAUCUAAGUAAUGCAAUUAUAAUAUCAAAUAUGGUUUAUUUUAUUUGUUUAAAAUUAAUUUUAUUGAUCACCAUACUUACCAACUGAAUCAAAGUUUUUUUCUGGUCGAAUAAAUCCAGUGAUAAUAACUUUUAAUUCCAGUCCAUGCAAAUCUCGAUCAAAUUUAUGAAGGAUAUGGACCUCCUAAAAUAAAAUUGUAAUUAUAAAAAACGAUUCUAUGAUGGAUUAAAUAAUAAUUUAUCUAA